GGCGGCUGAGUCAGGAGAGCAGAAAAAUGCUGAUUUGAUUUCCAAAUGAGGCUAUAAAGCGCCGCCGCUGCCUCCCGCCACAUCAGCCAGCCCUGCCCGGAGGGAGGAAGGAAGGACGAGCCAUGCCCCCUUCAGACCCAGACGCCUGGCCCCUCGCUGGCUGCCUGCUGUUGGUCCUGCUCAGUGUGUCCCCCUCCAUCCAAGCUCCAGCAGCAAAGAAGGAGUCGCAAAUCACUUCCCUCCUCCAGCCCCAGGCCUCCAUCGGACAGAAGGUUCGGGUCUCCUGCGAGGGCAGAACCAUCUACCCAGAGAGUGGCAUCAUGUACUGGCUGGCAAAUGGCACUUUUGUGGACCAGCUCUACCCAAACGGAACCGUGAAGGAGGAAGCCACCGAAGAGAAAGGCAGCAAACUGACCCGGAAGCUGAUCUUCUCCCGGUUGACGGUGCAGGACCUCCGCACCAGAUUUGAUUGCCUCAUCACUGACCCUUCCGGUGUAUUUCAGAAGACCAUCCAGUGGGACUAUUCAAAUCCAAAAGAGAUUGAGCUGCCCAAGACGUUUCAUGACCCAACUAGGGAAUGCAGCUGGCUGGGGAAUUCUGGGAGUUGAAGUCCGCAAGUCUUAAAAAUCUUAAAAAUUUGGAGACUCCUGGCUUAGAAUAUCGGGGAAUAAUGCUCAUCUAAAAAAGAUGAGCAAAAGUUUUUAUUUUGAAGAUUUUAAACAGAGGAUCCUCACGCACAACGCAGAACUCCUUGGCAGCAAACCAAAGGCCCCCCAUUCCAUUCCCGAAACCCCGAUUUGUGCAUUUGUACAAGUGUAUUUUGCAGCAACCAUGGAAGAAAAGUAAAUAACCAGGCUGAGAAAACCUCAGGCCCAUUGUCGUCCGUCUCUUAAUCCUGGGGUUUUGUAGAGUUUUGAAUUUUUGAAAUUUGCAUAGUUUGGAUAUUUUUUAAUGAUUUUUCUACUUGACUUUUUGUAACCUAUAAAUUGCUUUAUGGGAUAGACGGGCGACAUAAAAAUUUAAUAAAUAAAUAAAUAGCCAGGACGAAGGUGCAACUGAGCUGGGAGGAUCUGAAUCCUGGAAAUGCUGCAGAAGAUUCAAAGUCUACCUUGAAAUUUUUGUCUUCACGUGUGAAACAGUUUAAUCCUGCUGCCCAAAGAAGCUGGACUUGCCCCCCAUCUUCAUUCAAAGAAGAAAUGUUACGAAGACCCGAAAAGCUCAGAUUGUGAAGGGAGAAAGUUCUCGAUCCGUUUCUGUAAAAUGUUUCCUCUCCAACCAAUAAAACUUGAUUCCCUGCUGAAUCCACACCACCGAUUAAAAACCCAAAUUCUAA